CGCUUUCUUUCCAGAAAGUUCGCCAAGCCAAUAAGUUCUGCUGUGGGGAGAAACGCAAAUUUCCAGUUAAUUUGGAUUGUUUAAAUCCGAGAAAACGAUGGCAACGGAUGUGGAGCCGGCGGCGAAUACGGUGGACAAGUUCUCCGCCAACGCUGAGGAGCUGGAGGGCUACUAUCUGAUGCUGGAGGCGGGAAAUAUUCCGGAAUUGCAGUGGCAAUUUCCGGGACGCAGGGCUCCUUCGCCGGAGGCGGGAUCUGGCGGCAAUAGCAAAGAACUCGAGCAGGCCACCGACGCCAUUGAGCAGGAACCGCAGAAGGCCAACGAUUUUGAUUUCAGCGACGAUGUGGCCCCCACCCAGAUGCGCGUCCGCAGCCAGACGUCCACGCCAAAGUCGGCCAAAAAGAAGACGGCCAACUUCGCCGGCGUCAUGGAGACGCUGAAGAAGAAGAACGCAGAGAGCUCAUAGCACACGCCGAAAUUCUGAUGCUGAUCCGCCCCAGGCAACCGGUUGCAGAUCGUACUCUAUCGCCAUGCGGACUAGCCUACAAGCAUCAGUCGUCUUGCAGCCAUCGAGAGUAGGCGCUGUGAAGCUCUACUGCAAAUCGGAUCAAUGUAAGGAUUUAGAAAGAGUUUGAACUUCAACUCACUUAAGAUUUAAAUUACCAUAUUUAUAGUUAGCAUUUAGAGAGGAAGUUUCAACUUCAAAAAAUGGACUUACUAUGACCUCUAUUAGUUAGUAUCUAAAGAGGAAGUUUAUACUUCAAAUCAAAGGCGUGUAAUGACUUAAAUCACCAUAUGACUAGCUUGUAGCAUAAAUUGCAGCAGUCUUUGGACUUCUGAGAACUCAACUCAGACCAUAUAUGUAACUAGCUUUUAAGGUUGUUAACUGCCAUUGCAUUGGUCAGUUCUUCAUUUUAGACUAAGAACUUGUAAUUGAGAAGAUAGCCUAGAACUAAUCAACUUAUGUUUAAGCAGAGGGAUGUGUAUCUGAUCCUUAAUUAGCACUUAGGAAAUUUACGUUCUAAAUGAUAAUUAUCCUUAUUUGAUCUAUUAUGACAAUAUUCUUGAUAGUAUUGUCCGAAACCGACGUUUGAAGACUAGAAUAUAGGAAAGAACGGAUGUAAAUUUAUAUCCAAGUCGGGUAAAGCGGAAACCUAGAUAGGCAACUGGAAAUCAGUCAACUUCUGUACAUACAAGAACUGAAUUUCACAAAUAGCUGUUAAAACUAGAAUAUAGAAUAUAGUAUAAAACAGAUGUAAAUUUAAAUUUAAGACGAGUAAAGCAACUGGAGAUCAGUCAACUUCUGUACAUACGAAAACUGAAUAUAGAAUAGAAUUAGAAUAUAGAAUAGAAUUAGAAUAUAGAAUAGAAUUAGAAUAUAGAAUAGAAUUAGAAUAUAGAAUAUAAUUAGAAUAUAGAAUAUAGUAUCGAACGGAUGUAAAUUUAAAUCCAAGGCGCGUAAUGCUAAUUACUAGAUAGGCAACUGGAGAUCAGUCAACUUCUGUACAUACAAGAACUGAAUAUAGAAUAGAAUUAGAAUAUAGAAUAUAAUUAGAAUAUAGAAUAUAAUUAGAAUAUAGAAUAUAGUAUCGAACGGAUGUAAAUUUAAAUCCAAGGCGCGUAAAGCUAAUUACUAGAUAGGCAACUGGAGAUCAGUCAACUUCUGUACAUACAAGAACUGAAUAUAGAAUAGAAUUAGAAUAUAGAAUAUAAUUAGAAUAUAGAAUAUAGUAUAGAACGGAUGUAAAUUUAAAUCCAAGGCGCGUAAAGCUAAUUACUAGAUAGGCAACUGGAGAUCAGUCAACUUCUGUACAUACAAAAACUGAAUAUAGAAUAGAAUUAGAAUAUAGAAUAGAAUUAGAAUAUAGAAUAUAAUUAGAAUAUAGAAUAUAGUAUAGAACGGAUGUAAAUUUAAAUCCAAGGCGCGUAAUGCUAAUUACUAGAUAGGCAACUGGAGAUCAGUCAACUUCUGUACAUACAAGAACUGAAUAUAGAAUAGAAUUAGAAUAUAGAAUAUAAUUAGAAUAUAGAAUAGAAUUAGAAUAUAGAAUAUAGUAUAGAACGGAUGUAAAUUUAAAUCCAAGGCGUGUAGAGCAGAUUACUUAGUUAUUAGGCAACUAGAGAUUACUCAACUUCUUCAAACAGCUUUUAGCUGUGCUGAUUAGUUGCUCUAGUAAACGAUCUUAAACAAUGGCUACUUCUCCUUAUGAACUAAAAAUAGACUUCUAAGAAUUUUGACAAACAAAGGAAAACGUAACUCUAUCCCUUUCGUUUCCGUAGGAAAACCUUAUAUAUAAUAAGAUGAUAUGAUAAUAUGAUAUAUGAUGUUAUGUAUAGAUUGGAAUUCCCAUAUGGAAAUGAUAAAAUAAAUGCAUAUGCUGCGAACUCAAUGGUUUGCAGUUAAUAAAAGUUCGCAUUUAAA